UCCACGCUGCGUAAAAACCGCACGGAUAUCAGGAGUUUAGCGGCUGCGUAAAAUGUUCAUGUAACGGACAGAUUUGAGCCCAAACACGCACUUUUACGCAGACAUGGACCACUUGUUGGCAUACUUAGUUCCGUGCGUCCUGCUUUUCUUCAGCGGAACUCGGGGUUCGGAUGCGUCUGGGCAGGAGUUUCUGGAGAAUAUUUUACGCUUUUUCGGUGAAAAUCAAACCAUCUCGACGCAGAAUCUGGAAGAACUGCUGCUGUUGAUUUCAGAGAGAAGAUCCGAGACCGUGACGGAAGGAAACCCACUGGAAAACCAGAAGUGUCCCUCGGCAGAGCAGAUCCUGUCCAUCUUCGACCUCAGUAACGUCAGCGGUCUGACGGUGGGACAUCUGGGGAGGAUCUGUCCGGCCGUGUUGACCCAGGUGCUGCUGCCCUCCUGCCCCUUCACUGCCCCCAAAGCCCUGACGCCUGUCGACUACACUGUGUGGGGUUAUGGGUUCCUGGCGGUCACCGUCAUCAACCUGGCGUCUCUGCUCGGCCUCCUGCUGCUGCCCUUCACUAAGAAGCCCUACUUCCCUAAAGUGUUGACCUACUUCAUCGGCCUGGCCAUUGGGACGCUGUUCUCCAACGCCGUCCUCCAGCUCAUCCCAGAGGCCCUGGGCUUCGAUCCUAAAGCAGAUAACUAUGUGGCUAAAGCGGUGGGAAUAUUCGGAGGCUUUUACGCCCUUUUCUUCGUGGAGAAGAUCCUGAAAAUGGCUUUACGUGUAGAACAUGAGCACGGCCACAGUCACUUCACUCCAUCCGAACAUCAUCAGGAAAACUCUCUACACAACGGAAACAUCGCAGAGAAGAAGGACUCCAUCAUUCUGACCGGAAUCAACGCCAUCGCAACAGACAAGAGCAGCCCGAGUCCAGAGUUUAUGCACGCAAACACCACACCAGUGCAGGACGUCCAGGUGUCGGACGUCAGGUGUCACUGGCUGCGAGGGAAACGCGUCGCCAGCAUCAAGACGGUGGCGUGGAUGAUCACCCUGAGCGACGGGCUGCACAACUUCAUCGAUGGCCUGGCCAUCGGGGCGUCGUUCACCGUGUCGGUGCUGACCGGCUUCAGCACGUCCACCGCCAUCGUGUGUGAGGAGUUUCCACAUGAGCUCGGUGACUUCGUCAUCCUCCUCAACUCCGGUAUGAGCGUCCCUCAGGCCAUCUUCUUCAACCUUCUCUCUUCUUCUCUGUGUUACAUCGGCCUUAUCUUCGGCAUUCUGCUCGGGAGCAGCUUCGCCCCCAACGCCAUCUUUGCCAUCGCAGGUGGGAUGUUCCUGUACAUCGCACUGGCAGAUAUGUUUCCAGAAAUGGACAGAAUAGCACAGGAACAGGAACACACCUCCUCCAAGAUCAUCUUCUUCCUGAUCCAGAACGCUGGCCUCCUCACCGGCUUCACCAUCAUCCUACUCAUCACCAUGUUCGCAGGAAACAUCAACCUGGGCUAGAGGGAAGGAUGCGGAAACAGAGGACGAAAAAAUCCAAAUAAAAAACAGAUGAACUGCUUCUGCUUCUGGAAGGGAAAGUAAAGUGAAUGUUCUGUACAAAGAAACCAAAUGUUUAAGCCUUUGUGUGUGUCGACCAUCAUGUAGUGGACUGUUUACUCUGUAAAAGGGAAAUCUUCACAAUCAUUUGAUGUAUGAAAUCUAGUCAAAUUUAUUUUAAGGAGACAAUAAAUUAUUUUUUCAGUCUUCA